GGUUGUGUUUUGUAGUGAAAAUUCUGCCUGGCGGUUCUUCCAUUUUUACAUUUUUCAAAUGUGUUGAAAUUUCCUAUUUUAUUUAAAGGAUCACAAUCAAAUCUUUGUUUUAAAAAUGUCAUAAGCCAGUAAAGUCCAACUUCAAUCACAUUUAUGUUACGGUGAUUCGGUAAUCCAUUUUGGAAAUAUUGUGCGUGUUUAAAUGUUCGUAAUCCGAUUCUAAACAAGUGUUAUCAUAAUAAUACUUCAAUUCGAUAUACAAUAUUCCUUUUGUGUGUGAAAACGUAAACCUGGUUAUGAUCUGGUAUAAUCAAGUAUUCAAAAUUACAAGAUUCGAAAGAUUAAACAUGUUCAGAAAUUCUCGAUUUGACUUUUAAGAAGUUUUGUAUGUGUGAAACUUUACAAUCAAUUUUAAACUAACUUCUGAGUUAAUAUCGUGGCAUGAAAUGGCUCCAUCUAUCGGUUUUUAAUUCGAUUGCAAAAUUUGCUGCGAAUAAACAGACAGAGAAGACAUCGAUUUAAUAGAAAAGAUAUUAAGGUUUUUCUCGGCGAUCCAUUAUAAUGAAUGAAUGAAUAGAAAUCUUGCUCACAUUAAGAAAAACGUGGGGCACGUUUUGGAGGUGUGUGGUCCGGUAACAUUACCAUACUAGGAGAUAUUCCCUGACUUUCUCCGACCUACAAGGAAGAAAGAAAGAAGAGAACCUCUCCCAUCACCGUUCAUGUGUGGGAAGGGAUGCUUUUGUAUUCAUCUGAGAAGCAUCACCCCUCUCCCUAUCUAACAAAAAAAAGAAAAAAUUAGUGCAAAGCCAGUAGCCAAUUUACGACCUAGAGAGUCCUGAUUGGCUAAAGGUUGUAAAAGUGUAAGCUCACUGUUUAAAUCAGAGCAUGUUUGCUAAGUCAUCUUAGACUACCUUACUAAUAGUUACCUUCACAAUGAAACUCUGCCUUUUAAUUUUGUAUUUGUAUUAUUUCACCUUCGGUGUUACAUUCGCAAGAAGGCACAGAAAGCAUGGGCCAUCACAGAUACAGAAGAAAGCGGGAGAGAAAUUUUCCCACUUUCGAAAUCAGCAAUUAGAUGAUUCCGUUUUCUCGGAGUGGAGCGACUGGUCGAGAUGCAACCACAAAUGCAAAAAGCUCAGAAUAAGGCAGUGCAUACGGCUAGAAAUCUGCGAAAGCAAAAAUCAGACUCAUAUCAGAGUUUGCCAGAGGUGCAAAAAGAGGAAUCCUAUACGUCUAAUGGAACGCUAUGCAGAAGACCAUCUUAGCGACGAUCUGGAACAUAAAAUUUAUAGUCAAUGGUCAAAUUGGAGCCCUUGUGAUAGUUCCUGCUAUACAAAGCGAAUUAAAAAAUGCAUCAUACGAGGUAUAUGCAACGGAAGAUUACCGAAAACUCAGUACAGGGAAUGCUACAUUGGAGGCGAUGAAUGUGAAAGAAAAUAUCUAGAACAGAAGCUCCAGAACUCGACGAACCAGGACCAUCCUAGACAGGUUUCGAAGGAUAAUGAACAUCCCUUAGAUAAUAUUUCUUGUGGAAUAUCCAAAGUUCCAGGAGAAUCCCGUAUCGCUGGUGGAAGGCGUGCCAUCAAAGGUGCUUGGCCUUGGCAGGUUGCCAUCUUGAAUGAAUACAAACAACAUUUCUGCGGUGGGGCCAUUCUCAGUGAACGUUGGGUACUGACCGCUGCCCAUUGCGCACGUCAUAAGCUGGCAGUCCGGGCUGGUGAACACGACCUCUCAAACUUCGAAGGCACAGAACAGGAAUAUGACGUCGAAAAUGUGUUUGUCUACCAGGGAUACGACUCCAGGACGGAUGAAAGCGAUAUAGCGCUGCUACAGAUGGAAUAUCCUUUUAAAUUUAAUCAUUAUGUACAGCCUAUUUGUUUACCUGCAGAGGGUGAAAAGAUAUCGCCUUACGCCAGAGCUACUAUUUUAGGUUGGGGCAGCCGUCGUAAUAAUACAAACUACGGCACAGACAUUCUACAUCAAGCUGACGUUCCAGUAGUAUCAGCCACAGAACGCCGGGCAUCCUACAAGUACAUCAACAGCGACAAAAUGCUAUGCGCUGGUUUCGAUUCCGGUAGGGUUGACGCUUGCAAAGGAGAUAGCGGUGGACCACUUAUGGACAAGAGGCCAGACGGCACAUGGGUAGUUUAUGGCGUCACCAGUUUCGGCGACGGCUGUGGAGAAAGAAGAAAGUAUGGUGUUUAUGCUAGUGUGCCUGCCCAUCUAAAGUGGAUAAAAGCUAUCAUCAAACAUGUGGAAGCUUCAAAACAAAUACCCAGAAAGCAAACCACGUUGCCAAACCCUGAGAAAGAAGAAAAUUUUGAAAUCCUGUAGAUUAUU